UGUCCUCUAGUAGUUUACAAUACCCUUGGCGUGUCGCAUCGCCUUCCCACCUUAGAGCCUGCCACAUCACGGGGAAUAGUUGCGGCAUCAGCACUAAGGAGUCUAAAGGGGAUUGCUAGCUCCUUCGGACCACACCGUUCCUCCAAAGACUUGUCCUCCGCCAUGCCGUCCCUCGAGGCUCCCCUUUCCCUGCUCGGCUCGCAGCAGCCCUCCCUCGCGCCCUUAAUGUCGCGCGGCUCGCACCUUUCCUCUAAUUUUCUCGCCGGCUUUCGCCUCGGCGGUGCUGGCAGCCUCCAAUUAAAGCGGGCGACAUUCCCAAGCACCACGCGGGGUGCACGUCGCGCUGCGGUGCGAGCAGCUGUCACCGAUAGGGUUCCAUCGGGGGGGUUGGAUGACGCGUACAAUAGCGACGACGGCGGGUAUGCCAGCGGCGGCGCUGCGAAUGGCAGCUACACGAGAAACGGCAGUACCAAUAGAGGCGUCGCGAGCAGCAGCAGCAGCACGAGCGCGUCGGGAGGUGCUCGCACGGUUCCGAUCGACGUGGCGCUCGAGCGGAUAAGAGGCGCCAAGGAAGAAGCCGCGGCACGGGCUCGAAGCGCCAGCGGAACCACAAGCAGCGUCUAUUACGAGUCAGACACUAACGGGUCCGGCGCCUCGAGAGGCGGGACGAUGGAAAUCGUAGGUGGCUCCCUUUCGGGUUAUCCCGCCGUGCCGACGGUCGGGCCGACGCUGGCGCAGCUGGGCGCGGCGGCGGGCGAGGGAGGCGUGCGGCAGCUGCCGUCGGACGAGACGUUCCGGUGGUCGCGCGAGGACUACAACGUGCUGCAGCGCACCGUCGACGUCUGGUCCGCCGUGCUCACGCUGCGCGCGCGCCUCGCGCUGGUGGACGCCAAGUGGUCGUACUUGGGCGGAUUUACGGAGGACAAGCAGCGGCUGCGGCGGCGGCGGUUGGCGGCGUGGGUGCGCGAGACGAUUCUGCAGCUGGGCCCGACGUUCAUCAAGCUGGGGCAGCUCUUCUCCACGCGCUCCGACCUUCUGCCAGCCGAAUUCGUCGAGGAGCUCUCCAAGCUGCAGGACCGCGUGCCGGCGUUCUCGGCGGACAAGGCGCGGGCGAUGAUAGAGGCGGAGCUGGGGCGGCCGUUGGGGGAGCUGUUUCAGGAGUUUGAGGGCACGCCCAUCGCCGCGGCCAGCCUGGGGCAGGUGCACCGCGCCGUGCUUCACUCGGGGGAGGUCGUCGUGAUCAAGGUGCAGCGCCCCGCGCUCAAACAGCUCUUCGACAUCGACCUCGAGAACAUGCGGCUGGUGUGUGAGUACUUCCAGAACAGCGAGAACCUGGGCGGGCCCACCAGGGACUGGGUGGGCAUCUACGAGGAGUGCUGCACCGUGCUGUACCAGGAGAUCGACUACCUGAACGAGGGGCGCAACGCAGACCGCUUCCGGCGCGACUUCCGACGGUACCCGUGGGUGCUGGUGCCGGAGGUGUACUGGGACUACAGCACGCGCAAGGUGCUGGCGCUCUCGUACCUGCCGGGCAUCAAGAUCUCCGACAUCCAGCGCCUCGAUGACGCCGGGGUCAACCGCCCGCUCGUGGCGCAGCGGGCCAUUGAGGGGUACCUCAUUCAGAUUCUCAAGACGGGUUUUUUCCACGCUGACCCGCAUCCCGGCAACCUGGCGGUGGUGGCGGGGGACCGGCUGGUGUACUACGACUUCGGCAUGAUGGGCGAGAUCCCCGCGUUCACCAAGGACCGGCUCACCAGCAUGUUCUACGCCGUCUAUGAGAAGGACGCCAAGAAGGUCAUGCAGUCCCUCGUCGACCUGGGCGCGCUCGUGCCCACUGGCGACCUCAACUCGGUGCGGCGGUCCAUCCAGUACUUCCUGAACAACCUCACGGGGCCCAAGUUCGAGAGGGACGCCACCAUCUCCGCCAUCGGGGAGGACCUGUUUGCCAUUGCGGUGGACCAGCCGUUCCGCUUCCCCGCCACCUUCACCUUCGUGCUGCGCGCUUUCUCCACUCUCGAGGGCGUGGGCGCCUACUUGGAUCCCAACUUCUCUUUCGCGAGGAUCGCUGCUCCGUACGCCCAGGAGCUGUUGGACCUGCGGGACGCUCAGCGUGGGCAGGACUAUGUGGUGCAGCAGCUCACCAAGCAGGCCUCUGAGGUGACGGACGCCACGGUGUCGAUGCCCAUCCGGGUGCAGCGCAUGGACGACCUGCUGCAGCAGAUUGAGAACGGCGACCUCAAGCUCCGAGUCCGCGUGCUCGAGGCGGAGCGGGCGGCGCGGCGGGCGGGCAUCAUGCAGGUGGCGACGUUGAACACGGUGGCAGCAGCGUCGCUGCUCAACAUGGGCGUGUCGCUCACCACUGCCGCCAUUGACGGGCCCGCCACCGCAUGCUUCUGCUUCGCUGGUGUGUUUGGCGUGGGAGCGCUGUGGGGAUUGAAGCGCAUCCAACGGCUAGACAAGUUUGAGAAGAUGAUUUGAGCAACCAACUGCUGGCUGUUAGCAAGGGAAUCUACGCUCAAGCAUAGGACACAACCACCGUGGAAGUCCUACGCUAUGCUGUCUGCUCCUGUGGGUAUUAUUCCUCAUGGAGGGCUAAAGCUGUCAAAGCGAGCACACUAGCCAGUGGUUUGAAGCACUGUGAAACCAAAAAGAGGUCACCCUAUUAGCAUAUACAGUAUGUACAAGGUGUUAUACACAAUGCC